UGCCGUAAUUACCGCAGUAGCAGUACAAAUGAAUUUAAAAGGCGGCUGGCUUGAACACGGUUUUGGAAACAGCGACUCACUUGACCGCGGUCAAAGCGCUCAGCUUCUGAAACGCUCUGAUGGGGACGCCGUGCGUAGGAGGACUGAACAAAACCGCGUCGCAGCCGUUCCCAGCAUCAUAAAGGCGUAAAAAAAAAGUUGCAGCCGUCAUUAUACGUUCAGCCUUCAAGGAAAACGUAGGCUAGCGCGAAAUCAGUUUGACAUCUCACCCACGCGUUUGCAAACUAAUCGUGCGGGUUUGAUUUUUUUUUACACUUUUCAUGUGUAUAUUAAUAUUAUGAGUUAGUCCGACUACCCACCUGUUUGUGAAUGAGGAGUUAGUUGUUUAUAAAUAACGUUUAAACAGGCGUUUGGACUAUUUUUAAAUGGAAGCUUCAGCGGUCUUGGGCGUGUCAGUGCGCAGCCCUCCUUGGCUUUGUUUCCCCGGUCUGUGCCAUCCAUCUCACCAUGGACAGCCUGCUGAGUGGGGCCAGUAAAGGGGCCAGUGCCCUUCAGUCAGUACAGACCUCAUCGCGUCAUAGAUCCCACUCCCUGCCUUUACCCCUGUAUGACUGAAUGUUAUGGAAACAAUAAAGCUUAAAUUCCUCUUAGCCUCAAACAAAGGAGCCAUGCAUCCGCUGCUGUUCCUCAGUGUCUUUUGGCUGCUGCCCCUGGCCUUGACGCUGGAAGAAGACUCACCAUUGGACUCGGUCCCCCGCAGAUCUGUGCUCUAUCAUAGGGACAAUGCUUACCUGUUUCAUGAGGAGGGUGUGUUCAACUACUCCACCAUGCUGCUCAGAGAAGACCUGGGUCUGCUUGUGCUGGGUGCCAGGGAGGCAGUGUAUGCUCUGGACCUCAACAAUAUCUCCAAGAAAGUUGCUUCGGUAAAAUGGGAAGUGACACAAAAACAAAAAGAGGAGUGUGAAAACAAAGGGAAAGAUCCUGAGACAGAGUGCAAAAACUAUAUCAGAAUCCUGCAUAAGAAGAUCGAUGACAAGAUGUAUGUGUGUGGAACCAAUGCUUUUGAUCCAGAGUGUGACAUCAUGUCAUACAAAGAUGGAAAGCUGACUCUUGAGAAGAAAAAAGAGGAUGGGAAAGGAAAGUGUCCAUUUGAUCCUUUCCAGAGAUACGCCUCCAUCAUGGUUGAUAACAGCCUGUACUCAGCCACUUCAAUGAACUUCCUGGGCUCUGAACCUGUCCUGAUGCGCAGCUUUCCUGAAUCCUUACGCACUGAGUUCAAAAUCUCCUGGCUUUAUGAGCCCAACUUUGUUUCCAUGGUUCAGAUGCCGGAGAGUAAGAAUAGUGAUCAGGGAGAUGAUGACAAGAUUUACCUGUUCUUCAGUGAGGUAGCUGUGGAGUGUGACUGUUACAACAAACUGGUGGUGUCCCGCGUGGCCCGUGUCUGCGAGGGAGAUCUUGGAGGUCAGAGGACCUUACAGAAGAAGUGGACAUCCUUCCUGAAGGCCAGGAUGGACUGUCCAGUGCUGGAGUCCCAGCUGCCAUACAUUAUCCAGGACACGUACCGCUGGUGUGACCCCCAGCAGCCCUGGAAGGACUGUUUGUUCUUUGCCAUCUUCACGCCACAGUCGGAAACAUCAGACCUGUCUGCAGUGUGUGUGUACCGCAUGUCUGACAUCAGCAGAGUGUUUGCGGAGGGCAAUUACAAGACCCCAGUCACUGUAGAAACCUCUUUUGUUAAGUGGGUGAUGUAUAGCGGAGUUGUCCCUGUCCCUCGGCCCGGAGCUUGUAUAGACAAUGCAGCUCGUGAAAAGGGCGUAACCCGGUCUCUGGAGCUCCCAGACCCAACCCUUCAAUUUAUCAAAGAUAGGCCCCUCAUGGACCAGGUCAUCCAGCCAAUAGGAGUGAAGCCUCUACUGGUGCGAAGGGGAGCUACAUUUACACGCAUCAUAGUCAACCAAGUGCGGGCCACAGAUGGCGCGAAGUACCACGUGAUGUUCAUAGGCACAGAGGAAGGCACCAUUCUGAAAGCUGUGAACUACGAUGGAGAAAUGUUCAUUAUAGAGGAAGUAGAACUCUUCAAGACCCCAGGGCCGAUCAAGAUUCUGAAAUUUUCCAACGUCACGGGUCAGCUCUAUGCAGGCUCAGACUACGGAGUAGUACAGAUACCACUAGCCACCUGUGGGAGAUCCGUAUCCUGUAUGGACUGUGUUCUAGCCAGGGACCCAUACUGUGGCUGGGACAAAGUUGCUGGAAAAUGUACUGCCCUUAAUAAUACACAAAGUGAACUAAUCCAAAGUGUGAAAGAUGGAAAUGCCACUCUCUGCCCAAGAGCUGACCCUAUGAAGCCUAUGAAUCAGUCCAUCUGGCCAGGCGGUAACCUGAAGCUCCGUUGCCCUUCACCUUCCAACUUGGCAAAGAUCAGCUGGGAGCAGGAUAACCGUCCUCUGCCCCCUUCAACUCGCCUUCAGUUUCUACGAGACGGACUGCUCAUCCUCAACGCCUCAGACCCAGACAGCGGUCGGUAUCGCUGCCUGUCUGUGGAGCACUCCAGAGUUGGCAAGUACACAACCACUGUUGCUGAGUACUGGGUCAGCAUAGCCCCAGGUUCUGGCAGGGAUGGUCAGAUAUCUGUCCCCCAGCCUAGGAGGGAAGGCCCCUCUGUGGUUGGACUCCAGGCUGUAAUCGGGCUGCUAGUGGUUUCUCUUGUUGCCCUUUUGGUCUGGAACUUUUACAAAGGCCACAUACGUCUGCCCUGGAACUGCAGAAACAAGAAUAGAGAGCAAUCCCAGCAGUCCCAUGAGCAGGAGGGUCUCAACUCCAAUGUGAUCUUCCAACGUGCACUGGUAGAGGACAAGCCACUGGUGUCUGGAACACACAACAGCAACCGUAAUAACAACCACACCAUUGGAGAGGUGGGAUUCAGCGCCGCAGAGGGGGAGAAUGCCCCAAAAGUUACCCUACCGUCUGUGCAGUGUAUUGAUGAUGAGUCAGAAAUUUGAAUGUGACCAGUGCAUGAUCAUUCUCACGAUGAGAAUGUCCCAAACCAUUUGUUUCCAGGCAGAGCUACUGGAUUUAUCAGUUCAACUGAGAGUUAAGAUCUCAACUUAUGGGGCAUUUACAGUAAGUUUGAGUAUAAAAACAUUCCGAGAGGUUGAAGUUUGCUUUGAGAGACUAUAAAUUGUUGAGACUGACUUCACCAAAAGAUCCUAUAAUUAAUUUCUUUUUUUCCAAGUAUGAUGAGACUCUUGAAUUCCUGCUUUACAUUUUUGUCUUUUUUAUUACAAUGAAUUUGAAAAUGUGUUUUCAAUGAAAGAAUGUUUGCUACUAAAUUUAGAUUUAUAUUUUAUAAAGAUUGGUAGGAUUUUGACAGGGAAUGUACAAUGAAAUUGAGCCAUUUCAUUUCUAACCACUAUCAGCAAAGGGUUUAGUUCUCUUGUAUUAAAAGUUUUCUACCAGGUCCUUGUGUUGUUCCAGUGUAUCUACAUACAGACACCAGGGUUUACUAGCUUACAGCAAGAAUAGACUUGCCAGGAAUGUGAACAGAUGUGGAUUUUACCUGCUGUUAUGAAUCAUCAUUGUAGAUGAUGAAACCUCUUUCUGAAGUCACCCUAUGUUUUUAUACAUGUUAUCUGUGUGGCUCUAGGGAUGGCAGUCUGGGUUUGUCCACCGCUUUGGUCCAGACUGAAUAUCUUGAUAACUAUUGGUUGGAUUACUGUGAAAUUUGUACACACAUUGGUGGUCCUCAGGUUAUGAAUUGUAACAACUUAGAACUCCUGACAUUUCAUUUGGUGCCAUCAUGUGGUCAAAAUGUUCGAUUUAUGACCAAAUACCUGCAAAACACGACAUUCCCAUCAGCCUCAGCUGUA